UAUAUAUACACACACAUACCCACAGAGUGUAUCAAACAAACUUAAAACGUAAAUUAUUUUCUAAUAUAAUUUUUAUUUUCUCAAGAUGAGUUCCGCUCAGCCUGCAGAAGUUUAUCCUCCACCCUCCACCGCGCCACCCUGUUAUGCAGCUCCGCCGCCGGCGGGGUAUCCGGUAAGAUACGGCGGAGACGUCUCUCCACCUGCUCCUGUUCCUGCUCCGGCUGUGACUAAGUCUAGAGGCAUGGCCGAGGGCUGUUUGGAAGGCUGUUGUGCGGGGUUGUGCUGUUGCUGUGCAUUGGAAACAUGCUUCUAGUCGGUGAAGGACAACAAAUUCUCAAGGAUGUGAUGGCUCUCAAGUCCAGUUUUUAAUUUUAGUUUUAAUUUUAAUUUUUUUUGGUGAACUUUUGGAUUAUUAGUUGUAAUAAUAAAUUGGGUGUUGAAGAUUAUGAAACUAUAUUCACUU